AUCUCUUGUCUGAAAAGGAAAUGAAUCUCUCAAGUUCAAGUGAAUCACUUAUUGAUGAUCUUCUAGAUGAUUACUGGUUCUUUGAGAACUUAUUUACCAGAAGGUCGAGAGUCUUAAGGUAUUGUCACUCAGAUCCUUACCCAUCUUCUUCUUCUUCUUUGACAUCUCCUGAAAAAGUGGGAGAUUUAGAUGAGAAGAAGUCUUUAGAAGCCUCCACAGGGAGAUGUUUGAUCAGGGCAGCUUCUAUAGAUGGAAGAAAAGGAGAGACAAAGCAGUUCUCUGAAAAGACUAGGGUUCAAGAACCGAGACCAGUUGGAUCUUUCUUGCGGCAAAAGGAACCUGUGGUUCUUCCCAAAUCUGCUGGAUCUUGUUCUGCUCCAGGAAAGAUUCAAGAAGCUUCCACCGACCGCUGUUUGGUCCGAGCACCCUCUUUGCCGCCUCGGAUAGAAAAAAGAAAUGUUGAUUACGAGGCAAAGAAGAUGAUCAGUAAGCUGACGCGUCAGUUCUCUGAGAAGAUUAGGGUUCUAGAACCGAAGACAACGGGUGAACGUUACUUGCAUAAGAAGAAAAGGAAUAGUGAAAGGAACAUGACAGAAGGUGGUAGUAGUAGUAGUAGUAGCAGCAGCAGUGUCAAGAUUAGUUUGCAAAGAACUCAAACGAUGCCAAAUAACAUAAGAGAAGAAGAUGAACUUGAAGAUCACGAAACCGACUCAAGAAUGGGAUUCUUGAUCCGUGAAGCACUCGCUAGCUCACAAAAUGUUCCAAAGGUUUCAAUCAAUCCAAGGCAGAGACCACCAAGACAGCUGAGAUCAGAAGAAACUGUUAUGGUCAAACAAGGAAGCUCAAGUUCCAAAACGCUGCGUAAAACGGUAAGUAGCAUAGAAACAACCAAAGAGAUUCAAAGGCUGAAAGGUUAUGAUGACCAGCUGGUCGAGCCACAUGGAUUAGCUACACCGCCUAGGGUUCCAAAGGAUUCGAGGAAAGAAAUGAAGGAUCAGAUCAAGUUUUGGGCUCGGGCAGUUGCUAGUAAUGUCAGACAAGAGUGCUGAAAAUUCUUUUAACUACACUUAUUAACUUUGUGUUUUGUAUGACAAUAUUCUGUACAUAUGAUUCUUAUCUUGAACUCUUUUGUGAUCUUUUUUCUUUCUGAACCUCCUGAAAUAAUGAGAUUCCUCUGUUUAUAUGA